ACCCACGCCUCCGCCUCGCCACGCACCCCCACCCCAUGUCGCCUUCUCCCUCGCCGGCGAAGCAACCCCCAAUCCCGGCCGAAUUGAUCCCAAUUAGAUGCACCACCACCACCACCUCCCCGUCGUCGCCCCCGCCGCCGCAUCACCGGACGCGGCCGCCGCCGACCCUCCCCCCUCCUCCGAUCCCAACCACCUCGGGCCCCCUCCCGCCCUCCGCAUCCACAUCCCCUCCAGCCCCCACCAUGCGCUCCCCUCCACCCCUCACAAGCGCCCCGUCAUGACCUCCUCCUCGGCCUCGUCCACCCCGACCAGGCCGUCCCCGUCGCCGUCGCCGUUCGCGCCGUCGCGGCACCGCCGGAAGGUCGCCCCCGCCGCGGCGUCGCCCGCGCCCGCCGCGGCGGCGGCGGCGGCGAGGCACCUCCUCCGCUGCCUCCACCUCCGCCUCCGCCUCCUCCUCCUCCUCUCCCUCCCGACCCUUUACUUCCUCUCCCCAUCCCCGGCCAUCCUCCCGCGCUCCCUCCUCGCCGACUUCCUCUCCGCCGCCGCCUUCUCCUGCGCGCUCCUCCUCCUCCUCUGCCUCUCCCUCCCGCGCCUCCCCUUCCCGCUCCCCUUCCCCCUCCCGCUCCGCCGCCCGCGCCGAUCCCCCAUCCUCUGGUCCAUCGGCUCCUCGCCCUCCGCCUCCGCCUCCGCCCCCACCACCGGCCAUUUCGUCCAGGUCUACAGCAACGGCGAUGUCUACGAGGGCCAGUUCAACCGCGGCCGCUGCACCGGCAGCGGCGUCUACUACUACUACAUGAGUGGCAGGUACGAGGGGGACUGGAUCGACGGCAAGUACGACGGCUAUGGCGUCGAGACCUGGGCCAGGGGAAGCCGGUACAGGGGCCAGUACCGGCAAGGGCUUAGGCACGGGCACGGCGUAUACAGGUUCUACACCGGGGAUGUGUACGCCGGAGAAUGGUCCAAUGGGCAGAGCCAUGGGUAUGGCGUGCACACCUGCGAGGAUGGCAGCCGCUACAUUGGGGAAUUCAAGAGGGGUGUCAAGCAUGGACUUGGCCACUACCAUUUCAGGAAUGGCGAUACCUAUGCUGGGGAGUACUUUGCUGAUAGAAUGCAUGGCUUCGGAGUCUACAGUUUUGCCAAUGGUCACAGAUACGAGGGAGCUUGGCAUGAGGGUAGAAGGCAAGGAUUAGGCAUGUAUACUUUCAGGAAUGGAGAGACACAAGCAGGCCAUUGGCAAAAUGGAGUUCUUGACACCUUGAGCACCCAAAACAUUAUCCCUGGGUCCCCUAUAGCUGUGAACCAUUCCAAGGUCCUCAAUGCAGUGCAGGAGGCGAGAAGAGCUGCAGAGAGGGCCUAUGACGUCCCAAGAGUCGACGAUAAGGUGAACAGGGCCGUUGCUUCAGCAAAUAAAGCAGCCAAUGCAGCCAGGGUGGCUGCUGUGAAGGCUGCACAAAAGCGCAUGCCAAAUAAUGGCAAUGAUCUACCGUUGUCAGUAGUGUGAGAAGGAAAGCCAACAUAAGGUUGGCACGAAGCUGCUUCGCGAUGUCAUCGCGUUGUUACCAAUUCGCCCGACACAACCUUCCGCUUCCCUACAGGGGGAAGUUGCUCCACCCCAUCGGGCCGUGGCGAUACCCUGAGUGACUGCCGUUGCAGCAGAGCUUCGGAACCAGAGUUUUCCGCCAUUCCCUCCAUACAUCUUUUGUGGUGUCUUUUGCGACGCAGCAGAACUCCUGCGCAGAGAGAGAGAGCUUCCUGUUGUCGAAGGCAACUGAUCGAGGUCAGUAGGGUUCUCGUGCUUUCUUUUUUUUCUCUUCUUCAGUGUAAUACUCAUCCUAUGUUUAGAGAUACGAUGAUGUACACACCCCCAACAUCAGGAGACAAAAUCUCUGUUGCCUUUUGUCUCUUGGCUUUAAGCAUGUAUAGAACCUACAUAUUCCACGGUGCCGGCCGUGCUGGUUGGAGGAACCGCAUGCCGCCCCCGCCAUUGUCUGUACUACUUUGUACCUGAACGCAUAAAGAUAACCAUGACCUUGAAUGAAUGGAAUGCCUCCUGUUGUUUUCGUGGUU